CCUUCUGGAAAAUUCUUCCCGGUUCUGGCCACGCAAAUGCCAGAAACCGUACAAAUGUCCGGCAUGACGAACGGCCAUGUCAACGCUGCAUACGUCCCAGAUGAAGACGCGGAUUCCGAAGACUCCGAAGCAUCUUCACAUGAAAUAGUGGAUGAGGUUUUCGAUUCUGAUCGUGAAACGGAACCGAAAGUAUGCUUCCCACCUGAAGUCGGAAAUGGAGACAUGUCUCGUAAACAAUCUACAAAAGAGAAAAGCAUGUUUUGGGAUGUGUUCCGAACUGGUUCAGACGACAACGUGUCGAGUUCAGAGAUAGACUGCUGGAAUAAAUGCACUGUCAUCGCCCGUAUCAUCGUCCUCAUCAUCAUGUUCGUAAUCGUGCUGAUAUUCUCAGUUUUGUCUAAACUCACUUUCGUCAUGAUGACCUCAAACAUGUUUCCACCAGCCGAUAAUUCGAAAAGUGCCGCGCAUAAAACUUUUAACGGAAAAUUGACAUACCACAAUGGUGGAACAAUGAAUGUUACGUGGAUAUGGGCUUUUAAUAUGGUACUGUCGGCGCCAUACUUCUUUACAUUUUGUAAGUACCUCUGGAGAUUAUGUUUCAAGAAGACAGGAAAACUACAAUGGCGUCCUUUUCUCGCCUCGAUGGUAACAGAGACGCUGCACACUAUUGGCCUUUCCUUCUUCGUGUUUCUUGUUCUGCCCAGUUUUGAACCAAUAGCGGCGUGCCUUUUAUGCAUGAACAUCGCAUUGAUACCAGGAAUACUAAAGAUUUUCUAUCCAGCAAGAACUGUUAAAAAGGUGGAGCCAAGUAAAUCAGUUAGAUUUGCGCGGUUGAUGAACUUCAUAGCUUGUGUCUUACAGAUUGCCAGUCUGGCUUUUUGGAUUCUGUAUGUAUAUAACGACCCAAUAAAACCCUCUGGGGAUCUUUAUCUCAUCAUAGCGAUGGUUGUCUCCCCUAUAUUCAUAUCUGUGAACUACUGGGAAAACUACGUUCGCAAAGGUGACAAAGACUCCUCAGGCCUGCCAUAUCUCAAAAGAAUGAUCACACGGGGAAGAACGAAAAUCGGACUGCUUACCAUGCUAUGGAAACUUGUACUGACCUACAGUGUCAUGCCCGCUCUAUUGUUCGGCGCCAACUGCAAUUCAUCGACAUCCUGCAUUGACUCCGUUUUCUACCACUUUGAAGAUAAUGUUACACCACACAUGAACACGCCUAUAGGUGAUGAUAUAAUCAUGCAGGAUAACAGAGAAGAUUGUUGGUAUUUGCCAUUACUGAUGGCAGUUACGAACAUCCUUUCCGACAUUAUCUGUUUCAAAGUGGCGAAGGCAGCUUGCAAAAUAUUGGCUCACAAAGUUGGAUAUGCACUUCCGAUCGCGUUAUCGACACCGGUCACGAUUGCGUUACUGUUUGGCAGUUACUCCAGUACCACAGUGUCCACCUUGGCUUCCUGUAAGAUUCCCUUCCCAACCUGGGAUGGUGACGCCAGUAACGUUGUUGAUGAAUUCGACUUCUUCAAGUAUGCUGUUAUCGCAGGAAUUCUAGCUUACAUGUCACUUCUUCUCAUAACAAAUCACGUGUGGUCACCGGGCAAGGAGAGGCUCGCCGCCACCGAAAAGAUCUUUGUUAAACCUCUGUAUUGUGGAGCCCUUCUCGACCAAUCAAUGCUACUCAACAGACGGCGAGUAGACGACGAGUUCAAGUCAGCCAAUGAGAAGAAGGUCAAGGUGGAUAUCCCUAUCCCGGACAUACCGACUGACCGGCAAACAGAUAUCGGGGAAGAAUGGUCCUUCCUGCGCAAAGACGACACUCCUUUCCUCUAUCUUUGCGCAACCAUGUGGCACGAGACAGAAGUCGAAAUGACACAAAUUCUCAAGUCCUUGUUCAGAAUGGAUGAUGAUCAGUGUGCAAGACGCCAUCUACAGAUGUACCUCGGUAUCCGAGACCCAGAUUACUACGAAUUCGAAGGUCACAUUUUCUUUGACGACGCGUUUGACAGUCAUGACGAAGACGGGACCGAAUACUUUGCCAAUGAAUUUGUUCAGUUAUUGGUUAAUGUUAUGGACAUAGCAGCGAGUGCAGUCCAUGGCAACGUGAUACGUGUGCCACCCCCUACCAAGAUCCCUACCCCUUACGGUGGACAGCUAAUCUGGAGACUUCCUGGUGGCAACAAACUCAUCGCUCAUCUCAAAGACAAGGCCAAAAUACGUCAUAGGAAACGAUGGAGCCAGGUGAUGUACAUGUACUACUUCCUGGGUCAACGCCUGAUGAACAUUCCAAAUAAAAGUCGGCGACAGAAAGAGACGAUAGCUAAUAACACAUUCCUACUGGCCCUGGAUGGUGAUGUCGACUUCCAGCCAUCCGCGGUACAGCUGCUGGUCGAUAGGAUGAAGAAGAACCCGAAAGUUGGUGCAGCAUGUGGCCGCAUCCACCCGAUAGGCUCAGGUCCCAUGGUAUGGUACCAGAAGUUUGAGUACGCUAUCAGCCAUUGGCUUCAGAAGGCUGCCGAACACAUGUUGGGUUGUGUGCUUUGUAGUCCUGGCUGUUUCAGUCUGUUUCGGGGUAAGGCUCUCAUGGACGACAACGUCAUGAAGAGAUAUACUACACUCCCAACAGAACCGGCUCAUUAUGUCCAGUAUGAUCAAGGCGAAGACCGGUGGCUAUGCACAUUACUUAUACAGCAAGGUUACCGUGUAGAAUAUGUUGCGGCCUCAGACGCAUUGACCUAUGCCCCGGAAGGAUUUUACGAAUUCUACAACCAGAGAAGAAGAUGGACACCGUCUACCAUGGCCAAUAUUAUGGAUCUUCUAAUGGACUGGAAAAACGUCACACGUAAGAACGAAGACAUAUCCAUGCUCUACAUCUUCUACCAGAUGUUUCUGAUGGUGUCCUCUAUUUUGACCCCGGGAACAAUUUUCUUGAUGAUACUGGGCGCCAUCACAACUGGCUUCCCGACAAUCAAUGUCUGGACUGCGUUUGGAAUAAACCUGGCGCCCGUCAUAUUGAUGGUGAUUCUGUGUUUCGUAGCGUCAUCACAAACCCAGUUGGCGUACUCGGCAAUCUUAUCAACAGUGUACUCCUUACUCAUGAUGAUAGUGUUUAUCGGUUUACUAAAAGAAGCCGCUGAGGCCGGAUUCUGUUCUGUCACGACUGUCUUCCUUCUGUUUGUGGCUGGUGUCUUCGUUCUGGCUGCAUGUCUUCACCCACAAGAGUUUUUCUGUGUCUUACACGGGUUUCUCUACUUCCUGUCCAUCCCUUCGAUGUCUAUGCUGCUCAUGAUCUACUCUCUUGGAAACCUCCACGUGGUUUCCUGGGGAACACGGGAAUCCAAGCAACCAACCACGGCUCCGAAACCCGCGGAACAAAAAAAGGACGAGGGCAGGUUAGGUCAAGUGAAGGACUGGAUCAAUAAGCAAAUGCCUGCAAGCGGUUCAGCAGCAAACCCUUCCUCGGAAUAUGCCUUCUCGUUCGGGAAUUUAUUUAGGUGUUUUUGCUGUCCAACCAACGAUCAUAGUGAAGAUGACAAGUUUAAACAAAUUCUAUUUCGUCUGGCCGAAAUGGAAGAGCGCAUUACAGACGUUACUCGCCACACUUCAAGGAAUGCUUCUUCAAAUUAUUUACCAGAAGCUGAAUCUAUUGUACAAACUGAAACUCCAUUUUCUCAAGCGACAGGGUUAUUUGAAGGUGCAGGAGAACGUCAAAAUCCCAUGUUUGAACCGGUGGUGGUUCCGAAGAGGAAUGACUUAGUUAAUCCAUACUGGUUAACAGACAAAACCCUUAAGAAUGGAGCUGUUGAUCGCAUGGGCAAGGAUGAAACAGAGUUUUGGAGAAACUUUAUCGAAAAGUAUCUCUAUCCUCUCGAAAAAAACCCGGACGUUGAGAAGAAAAUUGCGAAUGAUCUGAUAGAGCUUAGAAACAAAACGUGUUUGGCGUUUCUUCUGAUUAAUGCUCUCUUCGUAACCAUUGUCUUUGUUUUAACGAUUGUCAAUGCUGCAGACAGCAGUCUAUCGAUACCUCUGCCAUGCACUAACACCAACGGCGAUGACCAAGGCCAAGUCGAACCAAUCAGCUUCGCGUUUACGGUCGUGUUUGGAAUGUUGCUAUUCGUUCAAUUCAUCUGUAUGUUAUUCCAUAGACUGGCAACCCUACUACAUAUUUUGGCGGCGACUGAAAUCAAAGCCAAGCGGCGUAUCAGACAAUCGUUACAAGGGGAUGAUCAGGACGAACGUUCUAUCGGUGUCGAUGAAGGUUUACAGCUUGUGCGCGACAUGCAGUCAGCCGCUAUUGAAGACGACACGCGAUCCAUCGUAUCUGAAUUUAGUACAACAAGUGAGCCCGAGGAUGAUGAAGUCACUAUCGGAAAAACGAAAGGGAAACAACUUUGGAAAAAAUUCGAUCAAAGACGACGAGAACAACAGAAGAGCACGCUUGGUAAAAAUUUUCUUCGGAACUUCCAGAAACUUCAGAAUGUUAUGGACGAUGAUGAUAAUAUGAGCACAACAGGCGUAGCUGAAGGAACUGUAGAAGAAGAUGCCACAAGGAUGAACGAUAUCCAGAAGAAAUUCUCUCGUUUUGGUCGUCCAUCUUUGUUCACAAUCACGAAAAUGAUCAGAAAUUCCUCUAAUCGUGAUGAGAUAAGACGGCGUGGAAGUAUGGUAACUGCUAGGAAUAGGUGGAAGACAGCAAUCAAACAAAGUAAGUUGAAAGAGCUCAUGGCUAAAGCCAGAGACAAUGGAGGAAAUACUGAGGGUAGUUCCGCCAAUGGAGGGAACCGAUUCUCGGCGUUGGUGAAUGCCGCCGUUAUGAAAAACAGAGAAAAUGAGCAAAAAAACAAACCAGAAAAUGAUGUCAUCAAAGAAGAAGAGGAGGAAGAAGAUAAAACAGAAUCUGACAAGCAAACAGAUGCAGUAGUUCACUUCAAUAGCAACAUGGACACAGCACAAGGGGAUACCCAGCCAGAACCCCCGACCUUUCAUGGACAGUCGACUGGGCUGGAAAACGUAGAUGUUCUGUUUUGAGGAAAUGUAAAGAUGUGCUGGACGCAUUUGUAUGUUUUGAACAUGUAUGUGUAAAACACAGUCAAUACUGUAAAUAGUUUCUGUAGCACCAAAGAGGCAUACCUGCUUGUUUUUUUUUGUUUUUUUUUAUGUAAUGUAUCUUUCAUCAAAAUUGUUCACAUUUGCCUCUACUAUGUGUAGUUACAUUAUUAUUUUUAUUCCGAAUUUCAACGAAAAAGUAGUUUUUAUCACCCCGUGAAAUUACAAAAUGAAAACUACCAAAUAAUAUGUUUAAGGAAGUCCCAACUGUACGAAAGAUCAUAUAGACAAACAAUUGGAUUAAAAAAGAUCAAGUAGUCGUUUUUUAGAUAACAGAAAGGAGAAAAUUUCGACGAAAAACGGUGUUAUUAUAAUUAAUUUCUUGACAUUUUUGACAGCGAUGAGCAUCCUUAUAUAAUAAUACACGGUUUUGUUGCAGGUAAACACGAUUUUGCUCAAUAAGCGAAGGAUAUUCCCAACUGUUUAUGUCGAUAUAAUAAUUUCAGUUCCGGUCAAUGCAAAUAAAAACUAAACUCCGACCUGUCACAUGGCACAGUCAGUUUGAAAGUUGUAUUGUAGACGUAUAUUGACGUCCUAAUGACUCCUAAUCGAUGUAUCGUGGGGCGGUUUGGUUUAAAGGGGGAGGAUAUAAAAAUUAAACAUCAUAAUCCUACAAACUUUAGGCAAUUUAUUUUAAUAACUCAUAAAGCAGUUUUGCUCUGUUUCAUACAUUAUUUGUAAUUAAGAGGUUUCUAUUUUUGUCAAUGCUAUUCGUUAUAGUUUACUUUUCCGUUGGACUGUGUUUCUAUAGAAACGAUGUAAAUAUCUAUAUCAGGUUAUACCUAAUCUCAGACAUGCAGGCUUGUUUUAUGAUUGAUUUUGGAUUAAGAUUUUCAGCGAAUUAACAAGUAAUACCACAAUCCGAUAGACAGGAGGAUUUCAGGUAUUAUUCCAUUGUUGACUAGAUUUUUCCACUGCGUCACAUAUUUCCAUGUAUAUGAUAGUGACUCUUCUUUUCAAAUUACAUUCGGUACAUUUGUAGAUUUGCAAUGAUAUCCAAUUAUGUAUAUAUGACUGUUUGAUUAAGAAUGUGGAGAUGGCGCAUUGGUAUAAGAUGCGGGUAUUUUUGGCUAGGCAAUGAAGUGACGUGAAUAUAUCAUAUUCACUAUGUGCUGUAAGCCUAAGGUUAAAGAGUUGAGUUUCCCAUCGUUGCUGUACUCUGUUGAAUAUAUAAUUGUUUUCUUAUAUAUAGAUGUGUAAAUUAUUGUUCUUUUGUGAUUAUAUAAAAAGGAAAGUAAAUAUUUCGUACCAUUUUUAUAAAUAAAUAGUAGGUGUAUGUGUAUCCCUCCUCCCCCCAUAUGAUGGAAUGUAUAAUGUAAAUACUUUCUGUACAGUACUUAAUGUACAGUAAUUACAUAAUUGUUUUUGUGUCGCCAAUCGGAAUGUAAUUAGCCUAGUAACAUGUAUAUAUAGGUAUUAUUGUCUACCCAACCAGAAUGAAAUUACCUGCAGUAUGUAAAAAAUAUGUCCUGUUGAUUCGGGAUCCAUGCUUUUUUGUUACUCAUUAAACAAGCUGUGAUAUAAUUAUUCGUAAUCAAUUAAUGUAACCGCAUUUUUUUUUUUUUUUUUUUUUUUGCAUUUUCAAACUUAUCAGGUCAACGCACCAACAUUUUUACUAUAUAAUAAAAUACAGAGAAUAUAAUUAGCACAACCGUAAUUAAGCAAUGCUCCCAGCGCGGAAACAUCUGUAACAUAUGUAUCUAUUGUAGUAUUUAGUGAAAUUUGUUUGAUAGUAAUGGGAUCUAUGACGUCAUUGAGACUUUUGAGUUGGUCUUUAUCUAUCCUUCCUAUUACCUAUGUUUAGUUCGAAAUAUACUGCCCAGAUAAUCAUAACCGGAUUAGGAUAAAUUGCUAGAUAACCUUUUGUAAUGAUUGUAAUUGAAAUGCAGAAAGUAUUCAGCAUUUUAUAGAAAAAAAAGCAUUUAUCAGUCAGCUAUAGCAGUACAAGCCAUGGGUCAAACGUGGGAAAUUUCUCUUUUUAUAUCUCAAAGAUUGUUAUCACCGAUUCAUAGAUAAAAACAUUAUAAAUAUAAAAUAUAAAACAAAGUUAAUGUUUUUUUCUUUGGCAGGACUUGUCAUCGUAUGUACAACGACGAGGGACAAGAAUUUGUUGAUAACAAUAGAAAUUUAUCUUUUCAUCACCUGUACCUUUGUAAGAAAAUAUUGUAAUAAUGAGUGUUUUCUGUUGUAUUGAGCUAUUUUGAUGGAUUGUUCAAUACUGCAUUGUAUACAGAUAUCGUUCGUUCUAUUGGAAUCCCUACAUUCAGUGGUAACAAUCACUUUCAGUUUUACGAGGGAUGCUACAAAAUAUAUUACCUGAUAAGGAAGGCAAUCGGUUCAUUUAAACGGUGUUUGACGUAACCUUUGUUUUGAUUAGAAACGAUAGACAAUGUGUGCAUUAAUUAUGUAUUUUUUAUUUCAUCAUUUAAGUUAUUUGACUCUCUCUCUGUCUCUCUGUCUCUCUCUGUCUCUCUCUCUCUAUUUUCAUAUAUUACCUUAUUAUAAUAUCCCGUUUUACAUGUAUAUUUUCGGGUUAUAUUAUAUGUGUUAAAGUUAUGUUAUUUCAAAAAUAAUGUAUAGUUUAUGUGUAUGUUUGAAAUGUUUUACCCUAGAUGUUUUUAUCAGAUUAUAUUUGUAGAAAUCAUCUCUAUAUUUAUUGAAAUCAAACUGAGUGAAUUCAACUUAUAUUUUUGUAUUGAAUGCGAUGAAAAUCAAAAUUAUCAUUUUUUCUUCAAUAAUAAUUAAUUAAAAUUGAUAAAC